AUGCACAACAAUCCAAUCACCAUUAGCUCAGAUGAUGAGAUCAACAAUGACAGAGAUAUGAGUGGCGCUAACAAAGAGCAGAGUGGCGAAGAUGAGAUAAAUAUAUUAUUAGCUGUUGUAUACCAUGCACAGAACUUCCUCAAUGAUGAUGUUGUUGCUAUUACACUCAAACCAGUCACCAAUAACCCAUCUUCUGUGGAGCGUGAGUACAACAUUCUAAAGCAACUUGAAGAUGGUGUUGGAAUCCCCCGAGCCCUUUGGUUUGGCAGGGAGUCAACAUAUCAUGCCUUAGCUCUCGACCUCCUCGGUCCAUCGCUGCACAAGCUCUUCCUUGCAUGCAACCAUAAAUUCACCCUUCAAACUGUUGUGAACUUAGGGGAUCAGCUGUUGUUGCAUCUUGAGUACAUUCACUCACAUGGCUUUGUUCAUGGCGAUAUCAAACCACAUAACAUUUUGGUGGACAACUUGAAGCAAAUCACAUAUGUCAUUGAUUUUGGUAUUGCAAAGAAGUACUGGAACACUGCAACUCAAUCUCACAUCCCAUUUCGCCAAGGUCGAUAUCUCACAGGCAUCCCCACCUUUGCUUCCAUCAAUAAUCACUUGGGAUUGGAGCUGGGUCAUUGUGAUGAUCUGGAAUCACUUGCUUACAUGCUAAUUUAUUUCUUGCAUGGCUCUCUUGCAUGGCUAAAUAGUGACCAUGAGAAGCUUUCCAGCUCCUUGAUACUUGAACGCAAAGUGGAUACUACCAUCGCUGAUUUAUGUGAUGGAAUUCCUGCUGCGUUCGCAAAUAUUCUCGUCUACUUGUGCUCUCUUUCAUUCUUGGAGGAUCCAGAUUACGACCAUCUCUGUUCUUUACUUCACGAUCUUUGCACUGCAGGGCCUGCACCAACUACUGCACUCUUUGGAUUUCAAUUGUCAUAUCACAUCUUCCCCUCACCAUCAAGUCUCUGA